AUGCCUCCCAAAAUCGAGCAGAAGGAAAUCGAAACAUACUGGAAUAUCUUUGUGGACAGGACAGGCGGCGGACAGUUCCUGACUGGCGACCAAGCCGCGCCCGUCCUCAAGAACAGUGGUCUUCGCGAUGAUCAGCUAGAGAAGGUCUGGGAUCUGGCCGAUGUGGACAAUGAUGGAAACCUCGACUUUGAGGAGUUUUGCGUCGCCAUGCGACUCAUCUUUGACAUUCUCAACGGGGAGUUUGCCGACGUACCGAAGACGCUCCCUGACUGGAUGAUCCCCGAGUCCAAAGCCCAUCUGGUGCAGGCGACCAAAGCCAUCACAGGGAAGCAGCCACAGUUCGAGCAAGUCGAGGAUGAGGACGACACGCCCGGCUUGAAGGAUGGAUUUGAGUGGUAUAUGAAGCCUGAGGACAAGGCCAAGUACGAGCAGAUCUAUCAGGAGAGCCGGGACAUGCGGGGAGAAGUAUCAUUCUCGGCCCUCGAGGACCUUUACGAGUCGCUGGACGUCCCCGACACGGACAUCCGAUCUGCCUGGAACCUGAUUAACCCAUCGGCCUCACCAAGCAUCAACAAAGACGCAUGUCUUGCGUUCCUUCACAUUCUCAACAACCGACAUGAAGGCUACCGGAUCCCCCGAACAGUUCCUGCCUCCUUACGAUCAAGCUUCGAGCGCAACCAGAUCGAUUACCAGGUUGACAACCAAAGGGGUGGUGUGUCGUCACGGUGGGCAACCAAGGCGGAUGACACUACAUCGACGGGCCGCAAGGCAAAGUUUGGCGAUCAAUACCUGACACGACUGGGGCGCAGCGGCUUCAAGACAGCGGGCACCGACUUUUCGACGGAGAAGACGGAGGAUUGGGAGGAGGUCCGGCUUAAGCGCCAGCUGCAGGAUUUGGAAGAGAAAAUUAGAAAGGUUGAGGAGAUUGCCGAGAGGAAGAAGGGCGGGAAGCGCGAUUCCAAGCCGGCACUCGUCAAGAGGGAGCUGGAUCAGCUUCUGGACUACAAGAGACGGGAGUUGAGGGACUUGGAAGAGGGCAAGGGCAAGAGUGCCGUUGGCGGUAACUUGAAGAGCAUAUCGGCCGACUUGGAGACUGUCCGUGAACAGGUGGACGGCCUGGAGGCGCACUUGAGGUCCCGAGAACAGGUUCUGGAGCAGCUGCGGAGGGAGAUUGAGGAGGAGAAGCGGAGCUGA